AUGAGCGAAUACAAGAAAGCUUUGCAUGUUCUUAUGAAGUCGCCAGUCACUGACGAUAUAGUGAAGUACUUGACCAAUGUUACGCUGAAAGUGCUUCCACAGAGCAACUACCCAUCGCCUCCAAGCUCGCCAUCUAGACACUCCAAGGAGCAUUUGCCAAGCUUGAUGACCUUCAUUACCAGACUGGUCAGAUACACAAACGUUUACACGCCCACAUUGCUGGCUACUGUCUGCUACUUGAACAAGCUGAAGAGAAUCCUGCCAAAGGAUGCUACUGGUCUACCAUCCACCAUCCACCGUCUAUUUCUAGCGUGUCUAAUUCUAAGCUCGAAGUGCCACAACGACUCUUCCCCUAAGAACGUCCAUUGGGCUCGUUACACCGACGGUCUGUUCAGUCUCGAAGACAUCAACCUAAUGGAAAGACAACUGUUACAGUUGCUAAACUGGGACAUCAAUGUCUCCGAGGAUGACUUGAUUCUUGAUCUAAGACCACUGCUGGAACCAAUCAAGGAAGAUUUGCAAAGGUCGUACUUGCAAAGAAAGAGAAUCUACUCAAACAACCAACAAAAGGUAAGCGCAGGCGCAUACCACAGUUACAACUACACUAAGGGCCACAAUUACACGAAUAGCAACAGCUACAACAGUUACAACAGUUACAACAGUUACAACAAGCUCCAGAGCAAAUACGUACCAAAGAGUGAGCUAUACCAUCACAGAAACAUUAGUGUUUCGUCUAACCUAAGUUCAACUUCAACGCUAGUGGAUAGAAACUCACCACCACACAAUUACGUGUACGUAUAA